AUGGCAGCCAACUUCGCCCCAUACCAGGACAUUCCCGAAUCGUCACGAGCUCUUUCCCCACCACCACUCCACUCGCCUCGAGCAUCCGUCGACCGCUCCCGUACCAUUGCCUCGCCGCCUACACGCCCCUCGUAUGACCACCAGGACUACUUCCAAGGCCAACCCCCCACAUCUCCGCUCGGCGAAGCCGAAACAGAGCGCAUAGCAUGGGACCUACCCUCGCGCAAUACGGCCUUUGGUCGUUCGCGCCAAGACAUUGACAUGUUCACCACAUCGCUGGGCUGGCGCCUCGACUACGAAGCUUGUCUGGCAUACCUGCUACUACCGCCGGCCGGAGGCGUUUUGCUGCUGAUGUUUGAGCAUCAAAGCGACUAUGUGCGAUUCCAUGCAUGGCAGAGUAGUCUGCUCUUUGCCUUCAUCUUUGUUCUGCAUGUCAUAUUCAGUUGGUCGAGCUUUAUCUCCUGGGUCAUGUUGCUGGGCGACUUGGCACUCAUUGGCUGGCUGACAUGGAGGGCAUAUCUCGAUGCGGCAACACUCGAUCGAUGCGAAGUGCCUUUUUUCGGACCGCUAGCGAGCUCCAUUCUUGACGACGAAUAA